AUGCAAUUUGGCCGCCUGGGCCCGGCAGCGCUGUUGCCAGUUUGGCAUUACUGUCAGCGAGGUCGUUUCCAAGGAUCUCGCAGUGACCAGGGAUCCACUGAAUCUGUAACUCUCAAGUCAAAGCUGAAGGACGUGGUGGGCGGAGACUUCCAGUUCUCCGACCCGUGGCGCACGGCGGAGGCGACAGUGGAGGACAUGUUGUCUCACCGACUGCGCAUCCCCACCUACCACAACUUCAGGUUCAACCCCAAGAUUGACCGAUUUGACCUGCUCAAACGAAUGAAAUACUUCAAAACCAACAUGGAGUUCCGCGUGAGUGCCACCUACAGCACCACCAACUACAUCAUGGCCACAGCCAUCACACAGCUGGUCGCUGGGGGCACCACCUGGGAGCAGCUGGUCAGGGAAAAGAUCUUCAAGCCCCUGGGCAUGACAUCAAACUUCGCGGCCUCUGUGGACUUCGACAAUGAUGACGUGGCGUUCCCGACGGUGACGGACAAUGGGCCUACCAAAGAAUUGAGUCCCGAAUUUGCCAAGUGA